UUAGUUGACAGUACCAGAGACGGACAAACAGGAGAAACAGAUCCGACUGUCACGGAUUGUCAACGAUAACGGAUUAAAAAACGGAACCGCCGCUGAAAUAGUUUAGAAACAUCUAUCCGGCAGCUACUCUCCGUUUGCAUUUCGUAUUUUGCUCACGGAUCCACGGCGCACGUCGUGUCUGGCGGUACGCUAUAAACAACAAUAACAAUGGCUUCUGGGUCGCCGUCGUCCUCCCCGGACACUGCGACGGGCUCAGGUACAGACCCAGCCCGGCCCGACACAGGGGAGCCCCUCGGCGGAGCAGGCUCAGACUCCGACUCGGACCUAGGUUUGGGAAAAUUUGACUGCAGCGCCAUGGAAAUGGGGGACCGGCUGGAGGGUGAAGAGCUGGAGAGGGAGUUUGACUCUGCAGCCGAUCGCGUACGAGAUCUGAUUCAGACGGCCAGCAGGGACCAGCUGCUGUACCUGUAUGCUCGCUACAAACAGGUCAAAGUGGGAAAGUGCAAUACACCAAAACCUGGCUUCUUUGACUUUGAAGGACAGAGAAAAUGGCAGGCCUGGAAGCAGCUUGGAGACAUGGAGGCGGAUCAGGCAAUGCAGGAGUACAUUUCCUGUGUCAACGUGUUAGACCCUGAAGGCAGAACAAAGGAAAGACAAGGAGCAGAAAGGAGAACAGGCUUCGGAGGAGCAGCAGUCAGCUCUCUCUACCAGGAGGAGAUGAUCAGGGAAGAGGACAAGAACAUCUUUGACUACUGCAGAGAAAACAACAUCGACCACAUCAGCAAGGCCAUCAGCUCCCAGAAAGUGGAUGUCAAUACUAAAGACGAAGAGGGCCGGGCUCUCUUGCACUGGGCCUGUGACAGAGGACACAAGGAGCUGGUGUCUGUAUUACUGCAGCACAAAGCAGACAUCAACAGUCAGAUCGAUGACAGAAACCCUCUACGGGAAAAUAUAUUGAGGAACGAGGGCAAGUGGAUCAGCAACUGUCCCAGAACUGGAGCAGCUUUUCAGGUGUCUGUUUGUUAUUAGAUUCCACCCCUGCAACUGCAUAAAAUACUUAAUUUGAGAGCUGGACUCUGUUUUUUUUUUUUCUCUUUUUUUGGUGAUGGAAGAGCAUAACUUUCAUGCAUGCAGCUUCAUUUGCAGUUACAUGCAUUUUCAUGCAAUGCAUUUUUUUUUGUUGCAUAAUACAGAUUGACACAGUAGAAAUGGUUUGAGCUAAAUGUGUUUGCUGAGGUGAAGUAGAUGGAUUUUGUUUCAGAAGUCACUACAGUACGCAUUGAGGUCAAGUGUGUGCACACACUGAUACCCACUGGAUAGAUGGAGUGAGGGUGGAGAUGAAAGGAAGGCAGCAGGAGCCUUAUACUUCCUAGUAACACUGCCCAGCACACGUGUUAACCCAAGGCAAAUAGUGACAUCUUCAGCAUCCCAGCUGCCCUUCUUUUUUCUCUCUCCAUCCUUUUCCAGAAGGUCACCUUUAAUUCACUUUGUGCCACAGACAAAUCCCCCAGGGCUUUAGCAGACAGAGUUAGCUGGUAGCUAGCCUAGUGUUUAGCCUUCCCAAGGUUUAGCUGCAUUCAGGAGGCUUUAGCUUUGGCGGUAAGCUGGCUCAGCUGCACAUCGGAGAAAUUACUCCUCUUCCCUGCCCAGUGGCACGACACAGUGCAGUACACGGGGGCUGCACACUGAGGCUUUAAUUGUAAGGCCGAAUCAAUUGGAAGUAAUCAGGCAAAUUGUUUUACGUUGCACAACCCACAUAAUCAGGACAUUUCACAAAUGACUUUCUCUUUUGUGGUCAUGCGUGGCCCCUUUUGUUUUGAAUGCAGCAGGGAGGGGGUGGAUUUGUGGCGAAUGGUUCAUAAAAGACUUAACAGUGGGAUAACUACGAAACACUUCACUGAUGAUUUAGAGCCAUAUCAAGAUAAUGACAGGAGAGGAUUGAUGUAUAGAUAGAGGCUUUUGUCCUUUUGUAAGAUGUAACGUAUUUACAGUCAUGUAUCUAUCAUUAAAAUAUGAAUUGAUUUCUA